AAAAUAAAAAAAAACUUUCAUAAUUCUCUCACCUCUUGCACAAAUAGUUCUACUAGAUAAAGACUUUCUAGAGGCACAGAAAGUGACCUUCCCACUACAACUCUCAUCACCCUCAUCAAUCGCCAAUCACCCACGUUUUCUACUUGUAUAUAAUUAUUCAUUCAUUUCUUUUUUUUCCUUCGUUUCUAUCUCAUUGGAAUCUUUCAUCACAUUAAUCAAAGAAAACCAGAUAAGACUGGUGGUUGUCUCAAUUAUUUUUUAGAAAAAUACCCAUUUUUUAUCAUCCUCUUUUUCUUCAUUGUUGUUGCUAUAAACAGGUUAUUAAUCAUUCUAGUUCAUAUUGGGGGUUUAUAGAUUUGCUCAGUAGUAUCUUGAUUGUUGGAUCAUGGGUUCAGAAGGUCCUGCUCCAUCACCAGUAACAGUUAAUGUGACGGGUUUUAAGAAAUUCCAUGGAGUUGCCGAAAAUCCAACUGAGACGAUCGUGCGUAAUUUGAAAGAGUACAUGGAGAAGAAGGGUUUACCAAAAGGUCUGGCUCUAGGAAGCUGCAAUAUUCUCGAGACUGCAGGGCACGGGGCAGUUGUUCCUCUUUACCAGACGCUGCAAUCUGCCAUUAACGGGAAUGAUUCAGAAUUACCAAAUUCUGGGAAAGUUAUAUGGGUGCAUUUAGGAGUAAAUAGCGGUGCUACCCGAUUUGCCAUUGAGAAUCAGGCUUUCAACGAAGCCACUUUUCGUUGCCCUGAUGAGAUGGGAUGGAAACCUCAGAAAGUCCAUAUUAUCCCUGCAGAUGGAGAGAUCUCUAGAACAAGAAAGACUACGCUCCCGGUUGAGGAGAUCACAUCCGCUUUGACGAAGAAAGGUUAUGAGGUGAUGACAUCGGAUGAUGCAGGACGCUUUGUCUGUAACUACGUGUAUUACCAUUCACUCUGGUUUGCGGAGCAAAACGGGACAAUGUCCCUAUUUGUACAUGUACCUCUUUUCUCAACUAUAAACGAGGAAACCCAGAUGCAGUUUGUAGCUUCCCUAUUGGAGGUACUUGCAUCUUUGCCUUAGCACUCUAGUGAGCAACUCGCUCGACUUGUGUUGUGUCUUGUGUCCACUACUUGUGUCAGUUUGUAUUGGUUGGCUAAUGGUAUUCGGCGUGCCGGGCAUGGACACAUGUUUAUUACAUGCUGGAGUAAACCGUCUUAAAUUGCUGAUUACAAGUUGGGUUUUUCUCCUUUUCCUUCUCA